AUGCCCAUUCGCAUCCGCCAUGAAGUGCGCCGCAAGUACCGCUGGCCAGAAUUACAACUCAACAUCUGGAUCAUGAUUGUCAUGUCCUGCUCGGCAACAUGUCUGGGCAUAUUUUCAUGGUUCAUGACCGUCCAGUCGCAAAUGCAUCUUGGGACGCCUUGGCUCUUCCCCUACAUGGUAACAACAAGCGCCCUAGGCGUAGCAUUCAUCCUCCUAGUCCUCGUCCUCGCCGAGCGCAGCUUUCCUCUUACCAGGCAUCAUAAUCAUCGGCAGUUUCAUUCUCUUUAUGGGAUUGUUGGUGAUGUCAAUGCCAACUGCCAGAUCUAUGUGGAGAAUAAUAAGUCUUGGGGGAAUAAUAUUAAUACUUUGGCUUGGUUGACUCAGAGUACUAUUUGCAAUUGCUGGAAAACUGCUUUUGCGCUGGAGCUGGUGAAUACUAUCUUCUAUCUAUGGAUGAUUGUUAUGUCUUGGCAGGUUAAUCGUGAUGUUUAUGAUUGA